AUGGGGUUUAUUAGCAGAUAUGAAGGAUUCUCGGGGCAGUUGGUCAAUAGACAGAAAAGCUGUUUUGUACUGGGGGACAAGGUAUCCAUGUCUAGAGCGCAUAUGAUAGGGGCGGUGACGGGGUUCACGAGGAAGUCGCUGCCAAUUACCUACUUGGGGGCCCCGCUUCACUCUGGGAGGCACAAGAUUUGUUUCUUUGAUGAAAUUGUGGAAAAAAUAAGAAACAAAGUGGCAGGCUGGAAAGGAAGGCUUCUCUCUUCUGGGGGACGGGUUACACUCUUGAAACACGUCCUAUCUUCUAUCCCCAUCCAUGUUCUAGAAAUGCUGGACCCACCAAAGGCUGUCACUCGACGGUUAUAUGGGAUAUUUGCAGAUUUCCUGUGGGGAAACUCGGAGUGGGGAAAACGCAAGUACUGGGUGUGUUGGAGGAAGAUCUGUAGGCCACUUGAUGAAGGGGGGCUGGGGAUCAGACUCCUAGAGGAUGUUGGGGCUGGUACUCUGCUGGACUAUGUUGACAAUGGCCUUCUGGUUAAUACGGAGUUGAGAGUGAAAGAUGCGCUGGGGGCAGACGGCGCAUGGAGGCAGGACAUUUUAGAUCGCAUCGAUUCAGCUGUUGUUACAGAUACAUCUUGA